AUGGAAUCUUCUCGCCGGGUUCGCAUCGCCGAUCUCCCGCAACGCGAUCUCACGGAUGGCUACCGUGACAGCCGACCCACCACACCAGUCCCGUCUAAGAGCAACCCUCCCUCCGGCCCAUCCGUCACCGCCCUCGAUCUCCAGAUGCAGGGCCUGGAGAGUACUCUAGAUGCGUUGAAUAGAGCGCGCAAGGGACUUGAUAGAAUCGCAGUCGAGGGGUGGCGCGCGGAUCUGAGAGUGGCCGACGGGCUCAUCGUGGCGAUUGCCCAACGUGGUACUAAGAGUACGAUUUGGCAGAUCUGCCACCCGUCCAAGUACCCCAAGAAACAGGAUUUGUUACGAAGGCAUGUCGGAGUCGCCCAGGACGCGUACGAAACUGCCGGCAGGCGGUACCGGGAUGUCGUCCGGCCCCUGGCUGAACUCUGCGAGAAGACCAAGAGUCUCGGCGAUGGUGCCAAGCAGGUGGGCGAUUUGAUCCGCGAGUUAAGCAAUUGCAAGAAGACGGUUUUCAACGUAGAAAUCAGAAUAGCAUCGGAAAUGUGGUCACGCAAGGCGUCGAAACUUGCGGCCAUGCGCAAGCGGGAGCAACAGAUGAAGAUGAAGCCGAAGUUUGUGAGGAUUCAGCAGACUACCAUGGCGGGCCGGUAUAAGACCGGGAGUGAGGGUCGUAGCCCUUGCAUUUCCGGGUCGACGUCACGCAAACACACCGUGGGAAUGGACGUUUCGCUCAAGCACAACGACGAGAUGCUUUCGUCCCUGGUGGUAUUGACCGGAGAGAUCCGGAGGGUUGCGUCCGAGGCAGAAAUGCUGAAGCGUAACCUCGAGUCGCUCCAACAGGUCCGUGACGCGAAGAAUCAAGCUGAGCGGGUGCUCGUCGCCAAGAUGGUGGUCCGCUGGGAGCUUUUCCAGGCGCAGCUUGCGAGGCUCAGCAGCGAGUUGCACAAGGAGGAGGAGCCGUUGACGGCGGCGUGUGAAAGAUGUCUCUACGUCGCGGCGAGGUUGGAUGCGCUCAACGAGUCCAAUUUUUGGAGACCUGAUGUUUGGGUUGGAAGAUCUGGCGAAUAGCG